UCUCCAGCAGCAGACUAACCAGGCCUCUCAGCCUGCAACACGGUGGCCCAGAGCCGGGACCUCGGACCAGCAGGUGUGGACUCUGGUGGUCCAGGGGAGACCACAACACCCCCCUCCCUGCAUGGAUGCUGGAUUUACGCCUGGAUGAGAUGCACCCAGAAUGAAAGUGCGACACACUCACAAGCACAAACGGGCCUGUUUUGCACAGAAACUUUUGCAUUUUUUUCUGGUUUUAGAUAAAGAGGUGAGGCUGGGGGUAGAGUCGACACACAGAGUCUGACGCACACUUCUCUGCAAGCUCCUGCGCUGUCAGACGAGGAAGUGAGGCUCCAAACACGCCCCAUUUCAGCCUGUCGACCCUGCAAGAAAAAAAAAGAAAAAGCAGCCUAGACCCGUGCAUCAGAUAGCAGACAACUGAGUUUAUAAACAUGCAUCUUCUGGAUGGACCACACCGAGAAUAAGCUGCAGGACGACGCAGAUUCCAGAGGUGGUGCGUUAACGUGUUGAAGGAUGGACAGGGAGCCAGUUCGUCAGAGCCAAUCAGAACACGGCGAGGCCACCAAUGGGACCAGCCCUCGGACUUCCUCCACCACCACCGCCGCCACCGGGGCGGACUCCUCCACCCCGACGACCCCCUCCCCUCCUCGGCUCACCCCCAACCCCAUGCUCCUGGACUCCCCAACGCCCACGCUGACGCCCACCACCUCCUCCCCUCCUCCCCCUCUCACCCCCGCUCCCUCCGUCACCACCACCCACAUCUCUAAAGUGGCGGCGACAAUGACGGCCGGCGCUCCGUCCCCCCACAUCCUGGUCCCGGCUCCCCCUAAGCUCACCUCCACCCCCGUCCUCCGCACGUACUCUCGCCCGAUCCUUCCCCCGUCGGGCGCCUCCAAAUCUACUCCCCCCAAACAAACCUCCCCCUCUCUUCUCCUCCCUCAUUCCUCCUCUUCCUCACCUGUUGGGUCCAGCACCACCUCGCCCCUCCUCUCUUCUUCUUCUUCUUCUUCUUCUGCAACGCACGGAAGCAGCACCACUAUGUCGACCAAGACCUCAACCAGCCUGACCAAUGGGAACACGAGGCCCGUAUCCACGACGACCUCCACACCAAUCACGCCCUUUCACACGCCGGCCAGUCCACCUGGCAGACAGGUAUCACAGGCCAAUCCUGUGGGCACACCUGGUCUUGUGCGAACCAAUCAUAGCCCCUCUCCUGUGAGGCAGAGGAUAUCCCAGCAGACAUUGCUCCUGGGGAAAGGUCUCAAAGGGUCUGGCCAAGACCAGGUGCUGCUCAGAGCUCAGAUGCUGAUUCUUACGUCUGCUAUGCGACCUUCCCUGUCCUCCUCUUCCUCCUCUUCUUCUUCCUCCUCUCCUCCUUCCUCUAACCCUGCCUCCGCUAAGCUCCAGAGUCUCACCCUGAGGCCUCCUCCCGCCGGGGCCCUCACCAUCCCUCCUCCCUCCGCUCAAGCCCCCUGCUCAGCUCCGCCUCCCCUCUCUCGCCCUCACGCCCCUCUUCCCCCUCUCAGGCCGCGACCACAGGCCUGCGCCACGGCAACGGAGAGCCCGAACACGCCCGGACGCCAUCUCUCCGUCCCGCCUCCAACUCUUUACUCUCCGGUCCGAGCCGUCCCUCUGAGGCCCAGACUUCAUUCUCCAAACGGUCACAGAGCGACGUCGCCGCGGCAAACCUCGCCACUGCAACCGAUCGCCGCCGCCCCCGCCUGUCAGGCCUCGCCCGUCGGCAGACCGCCAGCCGGACUGAAGAGCUGCCCGUUAACGCAAUCGAUGCUCGGCGGUCCGGGCCAAUCGCAGCGCAGCCCGGCGUUAUCCGUCGCCAACCCCAUGUCCGCUUCGUCCCACUUCGAACGCUCGCCGUCCGCAGCGAGGCAGCUGCAGAUCAUCGCCCUGUCUUCGGGACGCCAACCGUGCACGUACGCCCACACCGUGCAGUCGACGCCUCCCGUUGCCGAGACAACCGAGCUGUCCGGUCAAUCGAAGAGGACAUCGAGCGGUGACGUGCUUCCUCUUCCUCUGAACCCGUCGUUGCCAAAAAACACCUCCCCUCUUCCAUCGCCUCCGUCCUUACUGAGUCCGGCGUCCCCUCCGAGUCAACCCGGUCCUCUAACACAAACUAUGACCCAGAGAGGAGAGGGGAAGGACGGCAAGGAGCAAAGGGAGAGAGGAGGACGAGGGGUGAGACAGGGAGUCAGAGGUGAGGCGAGCGUUGGUAAAGACCUGAGGGUGGAGAGAGACGACCAAAGAGAGAAAGCAAAAGAGGAGAAACAGCAGGAAGGAAACCUCGUCAGUCAGAAGGAAAAGGAAGUUGAAACCAUCAGAGAGGAAGAGAAAAUGGAGGUGACGGAGGAAGGCAGGAGUGACGGAGAGAGACGUGAGGAGAAAAAGAUGGAGGAAGAGGAAGGAGAGACCGCCAUGGACCAGUCUGAGAACCUGACCAGUCAGAUUCUCCAUCAGUGCCAGAACACGGAUUCUGUUAAGACACCUGACGCUGUUAAAGACUCCAGUUUGGAGCCGAAACCCGUCCUGGGUCUGAUUCCUACUCCGGUCCAAACAGUCCCAGAAACGGUCCCAGUAACAGUCCCAGAAACAGUCCCAGUAACGGUCCCGGUAACGGUCCCGGUAACGGUCCCGGUAACAGUCCCAGUAACGGUCCCAGUAACGGUAACGGUCCCGGUAACGGUCCCAGUUACAGUCCCGGUAACGGCUCCAGUCCCGGAGGUCUCUGUCCAAAGUCAGAGGCUACCAGAGUCUCAUCGGGACCUUCAGCCGGUCAGCCAGGAGGACUUCUGUGAGAACAUGUCAACGCAGUCCGACAACCAGUCAGCGCUCUCCAGCCUCUCCUCCCAGUCUCCCCCCUCCUCCCCCUUCGUCAACCCCUCCUCGUCAACCCCUCCUCGACAGAAAACCCCCAUCCUCCCGACCGACCUCAGCCUAUCGGAGAAAGUCGACAGCACUGUCGGCGAGUCGCAGCACCCGGCCGAGAUGGAGGCCGAGCCUCUCGGCCAAUCGGGAGACGAGUCGGAGAGCCUCGACCAAUCACCAGGCGGCCCCUGGGAGCCGAGGGCGUGGCCUGAGGGGCAGCAUGUUCUGACUCACCUGGUGGAGGGGUUCGUCAUCCAGGAGGGGCUGCAACCGUUUCCUGUGAACCGCUCGUCCCUGCUGGUUCCAGACCAGGUGACCAAAACAGAGGAGGUGAACGGGACCAAUGGGAGCGCAGCGUUGCCUGUGACGGAGACAAUGAAACAGGCGGAGCGCUCCAGUGAGUCGGAGGUGGAGGUGGAGGCCGCCGGAGACACGGAAGACCCCGCCAACAGGUUGACGCACAGAGACCGGACGGUGCUGCACUGCCAGUUCUGUGGGAAGCGAGGCCACGCACACAACUUCAUGCGGUCCAAGCGCUUCUGCUCCACAUCCUGUGCACGCGGGUUCAACGUUCGUCUGACAAAGCGUCUGCGGGCUCUGAGUGCAGGUAGUCGGUCCGAGAGGCCCCGCCCAGUCCUGAACAGGGCGGAGUCUGUUCCUGGGAAGCCUCUUCUACUGCGACUGCCUCGUGAUCUCUGGAGCGCCGGUCGACGUGAGAAGGAGGGGAAGGAGAAAGUAGCGGCAGCCGACAAGGAUGAUGAAGAGGAGGAGGAGGAGGACAUGGAGGCAGGAGGAGGGGAGGAGGAGGAAGACGACGACGGAGAGGAGGAUCCUGCUGUUGCCAUGACAGCCAGGAUGGAGCGACGGGCGGCGAGGCGAGCGAGGAGGGCGUCCGCGCCCACGUUGACCACCUCCACGCCCACGAGCACCUUUAAGCCCGCCCCCUCCCAUUGGAGCGUGGAGGACGUCGCCGCCUUCAUUCACACACUGCCAGGCUGCAGCGACGUGGCCGAGGCGUUCCGUCUGCAGGAGAUCGACGGCCAGGCUCUGCUGCUGCUGACCGAGGACCACCUGAUGACCAGCAUGAACAUCAAGCUGGGGCCGGCUCUCAAGAUCUGCGCUCACAUCAACUCACUGAAAAACCAAUGAGAGAGAGAGAGAGAGAGAAAAGAAACUGAUACAGAGAUUUAAAAAAGAAAAAAAGAGAAAACAGAGGAAGUAAGCAGAGAGUUUUUAAGAAAAACAAAAGCUGACACCAAGGAUGACAGAAAAAAGUCACAAAAAGAGAUUUACGGUAAUUUAUGAGAUUAUAAAUCGAGGUGUGGCCUUAGGAGACGGGGAGCAGAAGCUUGAAGACACCAGAAGAGUCCAGAAGAAUAUUUCAUCCGUUUUGGGCGCUCUGACUGUAGCAGGAGACCGAUCGGGGUGGGGGGGGGAUUUUUGUAACUUUCUGUACAUUUUUCAUGCUGCUGGAGAGUGUAAAUUUGAAGCUAUUUCAUGAAGGAUUUUGAACAUUUAAUAUAUAAAAUUUGUCUAUUUAGUUUUUUUAGAACGUGACGUCAACAACAAAAAUCUAUCCAGUAGCUAACAUAACCGGUGUGUGUAUAAAAAAAUAAUAAUAAUGAUAAUAAUAAUACGUAGACUUUGUAAGUGAUUAAUGAAAGUUUAAUGUUUUAUAUCACUAUAUUCUGGACAACAACAUGUCUGUGGAUUUAAAAAAAAAAAGAAAAAAAAAGGUCACUAUCAGGGUAGAGACUGGUGUCUUUAAUCUUCACAUUUUUAUGGUAUCAUGCUUGAAAUUAUUUAAUAAAUGAAUAAUUAAUCAGAAACUGUUGUUUUAUCUUAUUGAUUGAAGUAAAAUGAGGGUUUUUAAUAAGGAGGAGUAAACAGCAGAGGGCAGCAGUGAGGCAGGUGAGUGAUAA